AAUAUAAAUUGGUUGUUCAGCGCUGUCCCCAUCAUCAAUGUCAUUACUGUUGUUGUUGCCGCUGAUGUAGUUAUUUUUCAUAUUAAAUGUUACUGGUCUGUCUUUCUUUCCAAUAUGUCACUCCCUGCGGCAUGCAAUAAUUGCAGUAACCUUUUCAAAACGCUUGAAAGUGUUCUUUUCAAAAGAAGUACGGCCUUGCUGUCCGUACACAAAUGCAUCAAGCACUACUCAAGUGAAGCAGAAGAGAAGAGUGAUGUAAUAGGAGAUGAAAGCAAAGAAGCAAAGUUACCUUUAAAGGUAUCCAGAGAAUCAAAGUUUCCUGUAAAGCAUAGUCACACCCGUCUCGCAUGGCUGGAGUCAAUGGACACACUUGAAGGGCAGAAACUAGGGAUGGUAGAUCUCCAUCCUGAUGUCUUUGCUACUUAUCCAAGAAUCGAUGUCCUUGCCCAGAAUGUCAAGUGGCAAAAACUGUACAGACACAUAGACUACACAUUUGAGCCCUCACGAGCUGAGCUACGAGGAGGGGGCAGGAAGCCAUGGCCCCAAAAGGGAAUGGGCAAAGCGAGGCAUGGCAGCAUCAGGUCUCCACUGUGGCGAGGAGGUGCCACUGCUCUUGGGCCGAGAGGUCCUACAAACUAUUUCUACAUGUUGCCGAAACACUACAGGGCACUGGGUCUCCGAGUUGCUCUCACUUGUAAAUAUGCACAGAAUGAUCUUGUGAUUGUGGAUUCCCUCGAUAUCCCCACGUCUGAUCCUGAGUUCUUGACAGAUUUGGCAGAUGUCAGAUUCUGGGGUUACUCUGUGCUUUUUGUGGAUGACACCGACUUCAUGCCUGAGAACACUGCCCUGGCUACCAGUCAGAUCACUGGCUUCAACCUUAUGCCUGCUUAUGGUCUGAAUGUGCACUCGAUGCUGAAACAUGAGACUUUGGUGCUGACGUUGGCAGCCUUGGACAAGAUUGAGGGCAAACUGUUGGAGGAACUUCAUUCUACUGAGAGGAACACCAAGUUUGUGAACACUUUGAAGCCGGAGGACUUCAGAAAAGAACCAAAGAAAGACUACACCAUGUACAAAAAAUUCACACAGCCCUUGGAAUACAACAGAAACUUUUAUGACCAAGCCACUUUUUAUGAAGACUCGGAGGACCAACCAGAGAGUUGAAUGCUUCUCUUCCAUCCUUUUUAGUUGAGAACCAUGGCAAGUGCAGAUUUUGGUUGAGGACUGCAUUUGAUGUCAAAUUGUACUCGUGUCAAUUUUUAUCACAAAUAGAUUUCACAUAAUUACUGA